ACAUGAGACAAAACGCAACCGUCUCUAGACAUAUGUAUAUCCCGGCUAUCACUCGAAGAUGCACUAUUUGAAACAACAUGAUGUUUUUUAAAACAAAAAAACUCUCACUGCAUGCUACUUCCAUACGGCUUUCUCUGUUUUUGCAGCUAGUCAGUUAGCAAAGUCUAAUGUCAUAGGGCCAUUAGCUAGAUCACUAACCUCUGGUCUGAGACGCACUAGAGAGAAAUAUUAAUAGCAUUUUCUAACAUUUCGACAGUCAGCAGCUUGAGAGACAAAAAAAAAAAAAAGUGAAACCACACAAAAAUUCCCUACAAAUUUUCCACUGUUAACAGAACCUUAUAAAGUUUAUAAUAUAAACUGAAGACAUAAAACUUCAUAAGACCUCCCAAAAUGUCUUGCUUUAAAGAUGCAAAAUACUACGCCCUCAUAUCUUGUCCCAGUGGGGAUAAGAAGUUUCUGAUAGGCCUUACAGAGCCAGAGACUAUGGCUUUCAAUAUUUGUUCCACAGCCGAAUCUUUUGGAAUCAAAGGCAAAUAUUUAUUGAGUGCUGAGUAUAAUGCAAUCAUCGCAAACGAAAGUGCCCUUUGCCAUGCGCUGAUGAAAAACCAUACGAUUAUAGUGGCGGAAUCCGCGAACCAAUGCACAGGCAGAGAGAAAAGUAUGGACUCGGACUUGGAACUAACUACUGAUGAGAGGAAGGAGUUCAAGCUGUUUCUGAAGGCGCUUGUGAAGGGGCAAGUCAUUUCGAAGGCCCCCUAAGCAGCACAGUUAGUGUCUGAAACCGAAUUGGAAUGAAAUUCCCAGAAUAUUAAUAACAAUAAAAGAGAAGAUUGUUAAAAAAAAUACAUCAUUCUUUUUUGUUAGUUUGUGCGCCAAUGUCCAGUCCACUUGGAGGGCCAGCAGUAUGCCGAAGGAAGCGUCUCCCACCCUAUAAAGUAUAUUUAUUCUUGAUCAGCACUAAAAGUCGAGUCGAUAUAGUCAUGUCUUUCUGUACGUC